AUGGUAGCUGCUAAUUUAGUUCGCACUAUGUCUGAGGAAUCUGAAACAAAUGAUAAAUAUAUGUCAUACUCUCCAGAGGAUAUUUAUCCUACAACAUCUAACAGUAAUUCGGAUGACCACACAAAUUAUCAUCCUGAUGAGAUUUCAUAUAAAGUUGAAACGUCCAGUUCAUCACCUCCUUGUAGUUUUAUAAAUGUCACACGUGAGCUUCCAAAACCUCGUAAACAACGAGUACCAAAUAGUGCAAUGGAUGAAGCUACUUUAAUUGCUCUUAGACCAUUCAAAUGUGAUGAAUGUGGUAAACGAUUGGAAAAGGCUCGAACAUUAAGAUUACAUAAACUAUCAGUACAUGAAGGUCGUAGACCAUUUGCAUGUGAUAUAUGCAAUGCUUGUUUUACACAAAAUGGUCAUCUAAAGCAACAUAUACAAACAGUUCAUAAAGGAUUACGACCAUAUAGUUGUAAUGUUUGUAAUAAACGUUUCACUAAAGCCCGUUCAUUGAGACGGCAUAAUUGUGAAAAAAGUGGUCCAUUAAAACCUUUUGUUUGUGAUGUAUGCGGUCGUGGUUUCUCACAUAUGCACACAAUGAAAACUCAUCGUGCUUCAAUUCAUGAAGGUUGUCUUCUUUUUGCUUGUGGAAUUUGUGGUGCUCGUUUUCGUGAAUCUUCUGAAUUACAAAAACAUAGACGUACAUUUCAUGCAGGUGAAAUUAGUUAUAAUUGUGGUGUUUGUGGAAUUGCAUUUCAACAUGCUGCUGAUAUGCGUCAACAUAGAGCUACUGUUCAUAAUUCUGAAAGACCUCAUGUGUGCGAUAUUUGUGGGAAAUCUUUCGGUCAGGCAAGUAAAUUACUUCAUCAUAAAUCUGCCGUUCAUGAAGGGAAACGUCCACAUUUAUGCGAUAUCUGUGGUGCUCGUUUCACACAAAGUGUUCAUCUGAAACAACAUAAAGCAUCAGUCCACGAAGGUAAAAAACCUUAUCAAUGCAAUUUUUGCCAGCGAAGAUUCACUCAACUUGGACAUGUCCGUGUUCAUAAGUGUGUUGUAGAUCAAGGUUUUAAACGUCACACCUGUGAUGUAUGCGGUAAACAGUUUACACAGUUAGGUACUUUGAAGAAACAUAUUGCCGGUGUACAUGAAAAGUUACGUCCUUAUAAAUGUGAAUCUUGUCCUAGUGCCUUUGGUACAACUAGUGAAUUACGUAGACACAAAGAAAAUGUUCAUGAGGGUGGAAAUGCUCGAAAAUGUCGUUAUUGCAAUGAACUAUUCAAUACAAUUGAUAAUUUGAAGCAACAUCUAACUUUGAAACAUUCCGAGAGAAAAGAAUUCACUUGUGAAUUAUGCGGUGAUCGUUUCAGUCGACAAGUUGCUAUGACUCGUCAUAUGAUCACUACACAUACCGGUGAAAAACCCAGACAAUGUGGUAUAUGUGGUGUUUCAUUUUCAUCGCUGGCGGAAUGGAAAUCUCAUUCAACAUUGUGUAGUAAUGAUGCAUUUAAACACGUAUGUCAAUUGUGUGGCGAUCGUUUUACCACUGUCAUUCAUUUACGUUAUCACAAACGAACUGUACAUCAGAAGACUCGAACAUAUGACUGUACACAAUGUGGACAAAGUUUUCUUCGUCUCAACAGUUUCAAAUAUCAUUGUUGUAUAAAAAAUAAAUCGACUAGUGUGAAAACCGAUGAUAACUCUGCAUUAUCAUCAUCAUCAUUAUUAACAACCUCAAAUCAACUAUCUUCACUUCAAUCACCCGUCACUACUCAACAAUCGACAACAUCAUCAGAUUUCCCUACACCUUUAUUAGGUAUUGUACCACCAGGAUCAUCAAAUAAUUCAAAUCUUACAGCUAUUGCAGUUCUAUCAGCUGUAGUCUCAAGUUUUGGUCUAUCAGCAUUAUCUUCAACUUCUUCUGAAUUUACGCCUAAUGUACUCAAGUCUACCGAUAAUAUAAACAAUACAGAUUCUAAUUGUGUGUCUACUGAACAAUCUUCCACACUUCCUACUCCUUUACUUGAGUUGGCACAAUCACUUCCAAACUUUUUCUUUAAUAGUCCUGCAGUCACAACAACGACGUCUUUAGACUCUUCCUCUACUCCUAAUGUUAUUGUUAGCACUGCUGAACAAACACCUUUAACGAAUCAUGCUACAUUAACGAAUGCUUUAGCUGUUCUCAAUACGUUCACUUCUUCAUUACCUACAAAUGGAUUUCAUUUGCCAAAUAUGAACAGUACUUCCAAUAUUAAACAAUUAACUAGUAGUACCGAUGAGAAUACAAUUAAGACAGAACCAAUCACUACUAGUACUACUGUCACUGAAAUUGAUCCAUCUAUAUUAAUUUAA